AUGGCGACCUCUCUCGCUGCGCAGCUGGCGCAGAUCGCCGCUUCUUCCAAAAGCACCUUGAAUAUCAAGGCGCAGAAAGCCGCCCACUCCAAGUCGCUAAUCUUCGAACCUCGAGUUGCGGCAAGCCAAAAUUACCAGACAAUUUACACUCUCUGUUAUGAGGGAUUCGAAGAGCUGUGUCAGCUCGACAGCCGAUUCGCGCAAUUCUCGACGACCAUCUUCAGCGAGCAGAGUCAGGAUGAGGACCGGACGCAGAUGACUGCCGCUGAAAAUGCAGAGCUUGACAAGAAGGUUGAAUCAUUCUUGCGCCUGGCAGGAAGCCGGCUGAGACUUAUGCCGACAAUCAAGUCCAUUGAGUGGUUGAUCAGGAGAUUCCGGAUCCAUGAAUUCAACACCAGCGCCUUGAUUGCUACUUUCCUCCCCUACCACUCGAUUCCGGCCUUCCUAACUCUAAUGUCAAUCCUUCCGGCCAAUCUUCCUCAAGAAUUCCGCUUUCUUGACCCAUAUGUCAAGUCCCUUACAGCUCUACCUCGGGCUGCCAUUGUGCAGCAAGCUAUCAACCACAGCGAACUGCUCUCCGCCAUCUCCACCUACACCCUCGAGUCCUGCAGAUCCCAACAGCAUUACCCGGCUCUGAUAUCGUUCUGGGGAGGUAUCAUGACCGAAGCGGUCAAUGGAAUGCUUGACAAGAUGAGAUCGGGUCGGAGGAGCGUUCAGCUUGACCACGACCAGGUCAUCCUUCAGCAGAUUGGACCCACCCUUGCCGACGCCAUGGUCAUGAGGAAGGUGCCUGGUGUCCAGAUCGCGGCUUACAUGGUGGUUGCAGUCUUUGUUGCGAAAAGUAGCCUGGACGAUACAGCCCUCUCCGCCUUCAUGGAACAGCUUGUGCUCGGCUGGACCCAGGAGACUGUACGCCCGGGACUUGUGUGCCUGGCGAUCCUGGCCCAGUACCGAUCUGCAAAGCAGCUUUCAAGCAAGGUUACCAAGGCCAUGAUGAAAAUCCAUGGUCUUCCAGAUCUGCUGAACGAUCUGGCAAAGGACCACCAGGUUGAGAAGCUGGCCAAUGGGCUGGUACUUGCACUGACCGACAGGCUUUGCAAGAAGGGCGAUGCGCGAGGCGUUCCUGUCAUCAAGUCGAUACUCAUGUCUUCUGUGCUCCAAGAGAGACAAAUCGUCGUGGUCUUCAAGUCCCUGCUUGUUGCUGCGCACAAAAUCACGGACGAUGUCGACGAAUCGGGACAGGCCCGGAAGCAGCUUGGUUCAGCUCUUGUAAUUCUCUCACAGGCAACUGGAGAUGUCGGAGAUGUUAUCAGGAAAGUCAUCGAGGACGCUGAUUUCGAUAUUGAGGAGUUGGAGCUGAAGCUGGAUGCCACGAUUAGACCCAGGCGCCUAUUGGAAGCAUCCAAGGCUGACAUCGACAAUGGUGGCGACGACGACGAAGGCGAGACGCCUCAGAGCCUUGAGACAGCUUUGGAGCAGUUGUCCAAAGUCGAGCACUCUAGAACGUCCUGUCUCUCGCAAGCUUCAGAUGCCUUCUUUGGUGACUUAUGCAAGCUCCUCAUCUCAGUGGCCGCUGACAAGGGUGAGCUACUCAAGUUCGACACUGCACCAUUGCUUUGCAGGUCAACUGCAGGCUCUACCUGCUUCUACUUGAGUUUCUACAUGCGCGUUUGGAUGGGUCCGUACCCAACUCUGGCACGAGUCGCUGCUCUCGAUCUGGCCAAGGACAGGUUAAAGCAGGAUGACUUGUCUGGCGCGGAUCUGCAAGCCCUUCUGCCCUACUGCAUCGCAGCUAUGAAUGACACGGCGAGAAAAGUGCGUCGCGCAGCUGCCGACCUUCUCGUGGUGCUUGGUCAAUUCCCAAACACCCCGAAGUCAAAGGGCAAGAAGCAGGCACACUGGGGUUCAGAUCAGCUUUAUGAAAAGUCUGACGACUUGAAAUGGCUGACUCCAGAGGCGAGCAACGCCUUACUACAAGCCAUCUUGCCCUCGCUAGAGGAGGCAGUUCUCGAUGCGGACCAUCUGACCGCGGUCCUCAAAGAGCUCCUGAACGGAUCUAGCAGUUCAUCAACCAUAACAAGCGCAAAGGAAAAGAAGAGCCAUGUUUCACACGCUGCUCGAUCGGCAAUCCUUACUUUCCUUGCCAGCCACGUCAUCUAUUCGCCAUUACUGACCCUCAAGAUCCGUGUGCUGAAGGCUUUGAACCAGGUACGCGGUGUUUCUAGUACAUCGCGUACCCAACUGCUGCAGCCUCUGCUUCAAUGGUGGGGGGCACUGAAGUCUGAAACGGCACAGGAACUGUGUGCUUUGGAGGCUGUUGACGAGAAUACGAUGGACUUGAGUUGUGUGGAUGUUGUCGUUCCGAAUGACAAGGCUGGCCUCGACUGUCUAUUUGACAUCGCGAAAAGCUCAAUCAGCGAAGAGCGGCCUAACCUGGUCAGCUGUGUCUUUGCUAGAAUUCAGAAUAUUUGGCCCGCUAUGAAAGCAGAGACCAAGUUCUUGACCGCUCAGACCUUGAUCGAUCUCGCUUAUCCGCCACAGCCAUCCGCAGAGACCGAUGUAGUCUCACAGGAAGCGGCUGAGCUCCUCAGGAAUGUGGACUUGACGACCGAGAUCCUCUCCUCCUUCUUGGACGCGCUACAAGAUAGCUCCAGGAUGCUGACAGACCCUCCACCGAACAAGCGCCGAAGAACCAGCUCAUCAGAACAGAACCGCGGUAUCAAUGUGCAAGCGACUCCGGAGUUCAAGAGUCUGUUGAGCAAGGUCACGUUUGUUCUGCAACUCGUUGAAGCUGCCAAACCAGCAGAACACCCAGAGCUCUUGCAAAGUCUCUUCAUCACGUUGUCCGACCUCCAGACUCUUCGUGCCCUGGUCGGGUCUGAACUUGGGUAUCUGCAGAACCUGGUUCUUUCAAGUCUCUUGGCGAUGCUGCCUGCCUAUCGCGACAACAAGGAGCUCAAGAUUGACGCCUCGGUUGGACAUGGCGAUAUUCUCGUGAACUGCAUCCAGAAAUCGGCCAGCCCUGCUGUUCAGAAUUCGGCUUUACUUCUGGUUGCCAGCCUCGCCAAGACCGCGCCCGAUGUUGUGCUUCAUAGUGUGAUGCCAAUCUUCACCUUCAUGGGAGGCUCGGUGCUCCGCCAAAGCGACGACUAUUCCGCUCAUGUCAUCAAUCAGACCAUUCAGGAGGUUGUCCCGCCAUUGAUUGAGAGCUUCAAAAAAGGCAGAAGGAAUCUCCUUACGAGUGCCUCGGAGCUGCUUUCCAGCUUUGUCAUUGCAUACGAGCAUAUCCCUUCGCCCCGCAGACGUGAUCUUUUUAUCUCUUUGAUCAAGAAUCUUGGGCCGGAGGACUUCUUAUUCGCCAUGGCUGCUAUGUUCGUGGAUAAAUAUGGUACCACGGACAGCAUCAUUGCUUUCGUUGCUGAGCUUAUGGGCGCGUUCCCUGUGCAAGUUCAGCUGCAGUCUUUGGUCAAACUCGUCGAUCUUGUCAGCGACACAUUGAAACCGAAACCGACUCUGUCAGCAAUUCUGCUCAGUAAAAAGGAGGAUGGAGAGCAAGAUCUGCAGAAGUCGGCACUCAAGGCGCUCACCCUGCUGCCCCAGCUUCUAACCAGCCGCACGCUCAAAGCGGAGUUCGAGAAGCUCGCAGAAGCAGACGACAUGGAAACCGCAAAGGUUCGCGAGCUCUAUGCUCUACUCUUGGAGGAUGUCUUGAUGCUGGCCGACACUGUGAAGUCCAAGAAGACCAUGUACAGCCGUUGCGGAGCCGCUCUUUCAAGUCUGCUGAACCUCCUCUCCAUCGGCGAGUUCAUCAAAGCUGUCGAGUCCCUGCUCGAUAGACCUAAUGUUGGCCUCCGUCAAAAAGUUCUCCGGGCCCUUGAAGUUCGGGUUGACGGCGAAAGCACUUCGAACCCCAAGUCUCGAGCUGUCCUGCUUGCCUUCUUGCCCCAGCUCACCGCUGUCAUUCGCGAGUCCGACGACAUCCACUAUAAGCACACAGCGGUCACUUGCGUGGACAAGAUCGCUGAGAAAUAUGGCAAGAAGGAUCUUGAGGCUGUUGCCGGCGCUGCCGCCUCAAUUGCGGGAGACGAGUGCCUUGGUCAAUCCGACCGCCGACUCCAAGUUAUGGCUCUACUUUGCCUGGCAUCAUUGGUAGACGUCCUCCACGACGCCAUCGUUCCAGUUCUACCGAAGGCUAUGCCGAAAGCAUUGUCUUACCUAGAGCUCAGUCUGUCAGAGCCUGACAGCGAGCUGCAUAAUGCGGCGUACUCCUUCAUCACAUCUCUAACGCAGAGCCUGCCUUACAUCAUGUCUGGCUCGUACUUGAACCAGCUCCUGGCUGUCUCCGAUCUCUCGGCUGAAGCAGACCUUGAUACCGAAGCAAACGAGAGCCGCAGAGAGUGCCUUCAAACAGUUGCUAGCCAAGUGGAAGCCAAGUCUCUCCUCACUGGUCUCGAGAAGAACUGGCAACACGCUACAGAGAGCGGUUUCCUUGCAAUUGACGAGUUCAUUUACAUCUUGGGCCGAUGUAUCGACAAGCACACCAAAUCGGUUGUUGCCAAGAAUGUUGGGACUUUGUCCUCCAUUUUCCUCAGUCUCUUUGAUCUCCGUCGGCAGAAGCAAGUAGACGGGGACUGCACUGCCGCUGAGCUCACUAAGCUCACCGAAACAGAGCACUCGGUGAAUAGUGUAGCCCUGAAGAUGAUCUACAAGCUGAACGACGCCGCCUUCCGCCCUGUCUUCGCCCAGCUCUUGGAGUGGACAACGACAGGCUUGUCCCAGAAGAAGGACCGGCUCGGGAGAGCUCUCAGGCAACGAAGCGUGUAUGGAUUCCUUUACACCUUCUUCGACAACCUCAAGUCGAUCGUCACUAGCUACGCCUCCUACGUGGUGGACAGCGCCGUCGACAUCCUCAGGACUUCCAACCCUAAAUCCCCCCAUGAGCGGGAGCUGUGGAGGCUCGUGGUAAGGACGCUGGCGAAGUCCUUUGAGCACGACCAGGACGGCUUCUGGCAGGCCCCGUCCCACUUCGAGGCCGUCGCGCCCGCCCUCGUCGCCCAGCUCCUGCACGCCGCCGGGCCCUCGGCCGAUGACAGCGACGUAGCGGCGGAGCUGGCGCCCGCACUCGCCGAGCUGGCCGCCGCUGCCGACUCGCAGGAGCACCAGAAGGAUCUCAAUACCGCCAUCCUCAAGCACAUGCGCGCCGAGGCGGCGCCGGUCCGCCUGGCGGCCGUGCGCUGCCAGCAGGCGCUCACGGACCGGCUGGGCGAGGAGUGGUUGGCUAUGCUGCCGGAGAUGCUCCCAUACAUCAGCGAGCUGCAGGAUGACGACGACGAGGUGGUGGACCGGGAGACGCACCGCUGGAUCGUCAAGAUCGAGGAGGUGCUUGGCGAGAGCCUGGACUCUAUGCUCCAGUAG